AUGGCGGACAUUCAGACCGAACGUGCAUACCAAAAGCAGCCCACAAUCUUCCAAAACAAGAAGCGUGUUCUGCUUGGAGAAACCGGCAAGGAAAAACUCCCUCGGUACUACAAAAACAUCAGUCUAGGCUUCAAGACGCCCAAGGAGGCCAUCGAGGGCACCUACAUUGACAAGAAAUGCCCGUUCACUGGCAACAUCUCCAUCCGAGGGCGGAUCCUGUCCAGCGUCGUGACCAAGAUGAAGAUGCAGAGGACCAUUGUCAUCCGCCGGGACUAUCUUCAUUACAUCCGAAAGUACAAUCGCUUUGAGAAACGCCACAAGAACAUGUCUGUGCACCUGUCCCCCUGUUUCAGGGAUGUACAGAUCGGCGACAUUGUCACUGUGUGAGAGUGCAGGCCCCUGAG